GUUUGUGUGUGUAUGUACAUUAUCAGCGCAACAAAUAUAAACAAUUGCAAUAAAAUUACUAAAAAACUUAAAAAAUAUUAGGAUAAAAGUGUUUAUUGUUUGCCAGUUAAGCUGUCGUAUACACUAAGCAAAAUGAACGCCUACUACACGCUGUACUCGGGCGACAACUACGACGACGAGUCGAUUGGUGAUGAACGCAGCGAAGAAGAUACUGACGACGCAAGCGAAACGGAGUUCCGCAGUCCGCAUCGCUAUGGCGGAACCAACGGCAAUUCUUCCAACAACAGCAACAACAACAACAACAUCAUCAGCAGCCACAACAACAAUAACAACAACAUCAUCAUCAGCAGCCACAACAACAACAACAACAACAACAACAUCAUUGGCAGCAACAGCGAGCUUAAGGAACAAAUGUACCAACACAAGCUAAUUAAUCUGCAGAAGCAACUGGAGGAGCUGAAUCAGCUGAUACAUCCCGAAUAUAUGAAGCGUGUGCGCAAGCUGGACAAUCAGCUAAAGGAGCGUCGACGUCUCAACGAGAUCUACAAGGAUUAUAUGCGCGAAUGCGUGGAGCGCGACUAUAUACUGGAGAAGAAGGCUGCUCAAAAGGAGUUCGACGAGAAGAUGAUGGAUCUCAAGGAUAAUCUAAUAGCGGACUUUGAGGAUCGCAAACGUCAAAUUGAAAAUGAACGCUACAGCUUGGAGCUGACCAACGAUUCCAUGGAGAUCAAGACAACGGUGACGCGCAAGCUGCGUCGACGGCCCAACGAGCCGCUGCCGGUGAUCGAGAAGCGACGCAAACCCGCCACCGGUCAGCUGUUGGUCUACCAGCUGGAUGACAAGGAAAUCGAAUCGGAUCUCAAGAUGAUACAGCGCGGCAAACCGAUGCCGCUGCAGCAGAACGGCAUGGGCUCCUACACAAACACCCAGCAGCAGCAGCAGCAACAGCAGCCGCAGGCACACAACCUGCUGGCCGACUCGAAUAGCUAUGUGGAGACGCGCAUCGAGGACAACAAGCUGCUCUACGAGCGCCGCUGGUUCUGUCGCGGCCAGCAGAUCUAUGUUGAGGGCAAGGAUAUGAACAAGUUUGCGGCCACCAUCACAGCCAUUGGCAACGAGGUGAUCUGGGUCAAGCGCUCCAAUGAAAGCAAAUUCAAGAUCAACAUGUCGCAUUUGGCCAAGGGCAAAGUCUCCAUAAAGCGUCGAUAGUCCACAUAUUUAAAUAAUAUGCCCCAUAUAUUUAAAUAAUAUACCAUUUACGCUUUAGCUUAAGUGUACAUUUUAUUUAAACAAAUUGUAUAUAAAUGAAAAGUUGCUUUAGUUUUCAUUAAGCUACAUAUUGUCAAUUCCGAGUUCAGUGUCCGUGCAGCUGUGCUUCUUGGUAAGCCCCAUGCGAAAUUCUCCACUUGUUUACGCUCCGGUUUCCAAUGGCUGUGCAAAUAUUUGGAAAGGCUUUCGGGCUCGAUUUCGUAUUAUAAAACGCCCAACAGUCAGCUUAAUUAUUAUUUUUCUGCUGGCAUUUUUCUUGA